AUGAGUACACAGUCAGGGCUCGGCACAGAAAUUGUCAACACUAUCAACAAGCUUCAGGAUGUCUUUACAUCCAUUGGUACAACAUCGCAGGCCUCUAUAGAUCUACCGCAAAUUUGCGUGCUGGGGAGUCAGAGUAGCGGGAAGAGUAGUGUGCUCGAGAAUAUUGUCGGUCGUGAUUUCCUGCCUCGUGGUACUGGUAUUGUGACGCGGCGCCCAUUGGUGCUCCAACUCAUCAAUAGACCGGCUGGUUCUGUCGGUCAACCAAACGGCGUAGAUAAAACGCAUGACAAAGCAGCCAACCCGGACGAAUGGGGCGAGUUCCUGCACCUCCCCGGAGAGAAGUUCUACGACUUCAACAAGAUUCGAGACGAAAUCGUCCGAGAUACAGAGGCGAAGACAGGCAAGAAUGCAGGGAUCUCUCCGCUCCCUAUCAAUCUCCGCAUAUUCUCGCCCAAUGUUCUUACACUCACCCUUGUCGACCUUCCCGGUCUGACAAAGGUCCCUGUUGGUGACCAGCCUCGGGAUAUCGAGAAGCAGAUCCGCGACAUGCUGUUAAAGUAUAUCUCGAAACCGGCUUGCAUCAUCCUCGCUGUCACAGCCGCCAACACAGAUUUGGCGAACUCGGAUGGUCUGAAGAUGGCGAGGGAGGUUGAUCCUGAGGGAACGAGAACAAUUGGUGUCCUGACGAAAGUUGAUCUCAUGGACAAGGGAACGGAUGUCGUUGACAUUCUCGCUGGCCGAAUUAUUCCUUUGCGUCUAGGAUACGUUCCUGUUGUCAAUAGAGGGCAACGAGAUAUUGAGACGAACAAGGCUAUCAGUACUGCUCUUGAACAUGAGCGAGAGUUCUUCGAGAACCAUCCUUCGUACAAGGGCAAAGCACAAUUCUGCGGUACACCUUUCCUUGCAAGGAAGCUUAAUAUGAUUCUCAUGCAUCACAUUCGAGCAACCUUGCCCGACAUCAAAGCCCGUAUCUCCGCUAACCUCCAGAAGUUCAACGCCGAACUUAUCAGCCUCGGCGGCCCUACAGGUGACGGAAACUCUGGCAACAUUGUUCUUUCUGUUAUCACAGAAUUCACGUCCGAAUUCCGGACCACAAUCGACGGUAACACGAACGACCUCUCCUUGAACGAGCUUUCAGGAGGUGCUCGUAUCAGCUUCGUGUUCCACGAAUUAUUUAAUAACGGUAUCAAGAGCAUUGAUCCUUUCGAUCAAGUGAAAGAUGGCGACAUCAGGACGAUUUUGUAUAACUCUUCCGGUUCUACGCCAGCACUUUUUGUCGGCACAGCUGCAUUUGAAGUCAUUGUAAAGCAACAAAUUAAACGUCUAGAAGAACCCUCCGUGAAGUGUUGUCAGCUUGUGUACGAAGAGCUGGUCCGCAUUCUGAGCCAGCUCCUGGUCAAAGUACAAGCCUUCAGGCGAUACCCUCAACUGAAGGAGCGCUUCAAUUCCGUGGUUAUCAACUUCUUUAAGCAAUCAAUGACUCCUACCGUCAAACUUGUCACAGAUAUGGUUGCUAUGCAGGCGUGUUACGUAAACACGACGCACCCCGACUUCAUUGGCGGCCACAAGGCUACCGCGCUCGUCACUGAGCGCCUGAACGCGAACAAGCCCCCACCGCCUGGUGCUGACCCGAAGAACCCCAAGGCGGCGAUCAACAACAACAAGGACCUUGACGUCGAUAUCAAGGAGCAGCCAAGCUUCUUCCAGUCGUUCUUCGCGAAGAACGGUACGGCGAAGAAGAAGGGUGCAGCUGUCAUGGAUGCGCCUCCUGCAACUAUCCGGCCACAGGCUGCCCUCAAUGAGAGGGAGACGAUGGAGACUGAGGUUAUCAAGCUCCUGAUCCAUUCCUACUUUAACAUUGUCAAGCGCGAGAUGAUCGACAUGGUGCCCAAGGCGAUCUCGCUCACGCUCGUCAAUUUCUCGAAGGAGAAUCUUCAGAGAGAGCUUCUCCAGGAGUUGUACAAGCCUGAUGUGUUGGACGAGCUCCUCAAGGAGAGCGACUAUGUUGUCAGCAGGAGGAAGGAGGUGCAGAGCAUGGUGGCAGCGCUGAACAAGGCAGAAGAGAUUGUGGCUGCUGUGUAA